GUAUGCACUACGGCUUUGCGGAUGGACGACGAAGGGAAGAAGUGGGCCGAACUGGCUGUGCUAGACGCGACACGCUUAAAGCAGGCUUUUGUUCAAGAACACGAGGGGACUCAAAGUGAAUCGCUGUGUUCGGGACCGAGAAGCGCGGAUUUCCUGGGGCUGUUCGGAAGUGCAUGUGGUCGGAGGGAGUGUCAACGGAGUCGAUGUGGAUUGCACGAAACAAGCGGGCUCGGUACCAUUCUGUGUGAGAAUUAAUGUUCUCUCUAAAUUCACUUAUGUUUGAGCACCUUCAUCUUUUGCACAAUUGAUUUGACUUUAAACCAGGUUCGUCCAGCGGUUUCAUCCAGUACCCGGCGUCGACGCCCCCGAGAGGGGAAAUGCAAUGCUGCUUUGUAUAGGCCACAAGUUUCGACUGUGAAGGUCAGCGUUAUUUCUUAGUAAGCCCGUGGGCGUGGGCGUGCGGGAGGUCGACAGAAGCGGGGAUGGAACGCGCGGUUGUAAAGUAGGGUGGAUGAUGGUAGGAGGUGAUAGCUCUCACAGGAAGCGCCGUAUGCAUUCCUUCCUGUCAGUUCAUGUCAAGGCUUGAAAGAGGGCGACGUAGGGAACACAAAGGAGGAGAGAUUGUUUGAGGAGGGGGAUAGAACUGUGCGGAAACGUGCACGAGUGUACAAUAUGUUAGCGCAAAGUUGUUUACCCAAACUGCCGACGAGGAAUCUCAGUUUUAAGAGGACAAAUCCCGCUUUGGCAGUCGUUUGGGAGGUGCAAUUUUUUGCACGGAUUCCUCCCCCCCCCCCCCUGUAGUGUUUUGUAGUAGUUAGCAUCCUUGUCCCGCCGAUGAAGGUGCCCCUCUCUUUGUCGGACGUUUUUCUCAACUGUCAGCUCGAUUGUUCCUGAUUAAUCUUUUCUUGCGGAUUCUGUGUAUAUCCGAUUUUCCCGUUCACUUUCCUGUUUUACCCUCCAUAUCCUCGUCAGUUCUUCUUCAAUCGGAGUUUUUCUUUACUUCCCUUUAUUUCAUUCCUGCUGGUCUCGGGCUUGUAUGUUCUUUCUGUUUCCCCCGCCUUUCGGUGAUUUCUCUGUGGUAUGCAUUGUAGAUGUGUCCGUCCUGCUUAUGGCAGAUGUAGCAUAGUGACGUACGUGCGUGUAGCGAGCACAAGGCGACGACUGCGAUGGAACAAGCGAACAUGGGAGCUGACAGUCUCUUCUCCAGCAAAUCCUGAGGAUCGUCUUCAGUGUUCUCAUUUCAUGGUUGCGGGGUUUCUUAGCUGCAGUCAAAAUAUAUUGGGGUUGUUGAACCGAGUACGUUUUGUAAGCUGGGUGAGGUCAUCUGAAGAUUGCUUCUGCGACCGGCACUUCUAUUUCGGUUGUGAACAAGGGUACGUUUGCUGAUGUGUUUUUCGCCAAUGAGCGUAGCACAUUUUGCCGCAUAGGUGGUCUUUACAGCUAGGCGAAAUGGCCGGGGGGACCGCAGCAGGCUGGAACCCGUUGUGCGCAUCAGCAGCCUAUCUGAAAGGUUGUUUCGUGUGAGGUGCGUGAGCACUAGGGUGGACUACUGCACAAGCGGAAGAGGAGGAGGGUAAAGGGUGAGACAGGUAGGGAUUGUGUGGAAGGAAAAAACAGCGAAGGCCAGGUGAUGAUGUUGGAGGGUAAUCAACAGGCAGGAUCUCUCUGCUAAUGCAUCAAAGGGUGAGACAGGUAGGGAUUGUGUGGAAGAAGAACAAUGAAGGCUAGGUGAUGAUACCGAAGGGUUAUCAACAGGCAGGCACUCUCUGCUAAUGCAUCAAUGCGGCUAUUUCGAUUGUCAAAAAUGCUGUGGAAUUCAUUUUUCUUGGAUCGACGGCAGGGCAGAGCAAGAGAGAUCAGUAUCGGCUACUUUCAUGUGACUUUCUGGUGUAGAUCAUGCCGACCUUUGCGCACGCUUUGCCUCUAGGUCACUUGGACGGCCUCCUUGAAUUUUGUGGACACGUCGAAACGUGGUCAGAUGCUUUACAGGCACUGGGGUGUGCGGACAGGCACCGGGGUGUGCGGCUGCCGUAGCGUCUUGCUGCGUUUGCUGUAAGGUUUUGGACCCAUUACCUGCUGCUUUCAGUUUCUUGUAUGCCGUUCAAGUUGUGGAAGAUAAUUGCUUAGUCUAGCAGUAAUGAGCUAGCGACCGUGUGGUCGCAAUAUGCGGAUCCAUUUAGCAACUACUAUUCGAGUCUUUUGACGAUGAAUCGUACAGGAGGCGGCUUGUGAACUUCACACGAAUGAAGAAUUGUGUAAGCAGCACACAUCAGUACACUCGCAAGGCGUAUCUUUCCAAAUGAAAAUUGUCCCAAGUUAUCUUGGAUCAAUCUGUGCGGGGCCUUAUCCGAUCUCCCGUCUCGUCAGUGUGUGUGUACUUCACUUUUAGUAAUAUGCAGUACGCAUUGUAGCUUAACGUCUGAUCAGCACUCGUCGAUGCGUAUAGUUGCGACUGAGAAUGGUUCUUUCGAGAUUGCUAUGUCCUUUUCGUCAGUUUGUGUCGGCUCUGACCUGGUCUACCUCUCGUCAGUGAGUCUGUACUUCGUUUUCAAUAGCUAGUGAGCCGUUUUCAAUAGGUAGUGAGCUGGCAUGGGGAGAAGGGCUCACAGUGGUGCAGAAUGUGUUAACCACAAUGGAGAGGGGACAGACUAAGGUGCAUGGGUGUCGGAAGUGUCUGUGUGUGUGUGUGUGUGUGUGUGUGUGUGUGUGUGUGUGUGUGUGUGAGAGAGAGAGAGAGAGAGAGAGAGANGAGAGAGAGAGAGAGAGAGAGAGAGAGAGAGAGAGAGAGAGAGAGAGAGAGAGAGAGAGAGAGAGAGAGAGAGAGAGAGGAGGGCGGGGAGGGAGGGAGAACAUUGCGAGGGUCAUGCUUUUUGCUCUGAUGAACUUCAGCAACCUUUGAGCAGACAACUUGACAGGACAAAGUGAACUCGGCCUUUGGGCUAAGAUCAAGUCUAGUAUGUGUUCUGAUCAGUUCAAUAUCUGAUCCGUGGUCCAUCGGACCACAUGAAAAUAAAUAAAUAAAUAAAGGGUACUGCGCCUCUAUUCUUGAAUUCCGAAAAAUCAAGUGAAACUCCGACG